AACGGGCUCAAAGAGAGACCCACCUGUGGCAGACACAGACAGACGAAGGGAGUUAGUUAUUUGCGUCUCCAGUAGGACCGUUACUUCACCGCUGUUCUUGUUGCUCUUGAUUAUCUGAACUCGGACGAAACGUUACACAGAGUGAACAUGAUAUUAUUUUCUCAUCAGCUUUUCAUCCUCCUAUGGAUUGUUGUCACAGUGGUAUCUUUUUCUGUAGGGGUAGAGUCCAACAACACGGCUCCUGGCACACAUGACAGUCCUGGGCUCACAGAUACAUCCAUGACCUCAGGAGAUAGAUCCACCACCCUCUUAUCCACAAAUACCACAGUCUCCACUGAACCCAGCUCCACCACCACAGACAGAGCCACCAUCACCACCCAGGACCCCUCAACUGUCCUCCCUAGCACUAAUGGCACCUCACCCACAACAGCAGCCAUCUCUAAAACUGAAGAGGUCUCUACUACAACAGACCUGACCUCAACUUCUGAUACGACAGAGUCUAAGAGUGCAGUCGGCACCACUGCGACAGAAACAAGAACUACCUCGUCGGUCAGCACAGCAAGGUUGACUUCCUCCCACAAGACCGCAGCGAACACUGUCACUUCCCCUGAGUCGACCGAAAAAGACAGUCCGUCUACAGACAGUGACAUGACAACACCCACCACCACACCUGCCCUUAGCAGAGGUGACUCUCAGUCUACCAUGGAACAUACAGGCCGUACCUCAGCUGAUGUCCCCACAGAGUCAAACACAACUCCAGACAUUAUCCCAACCAGCAGUACCACUGAUACAGGUACACAUGAAACAACAGCUACCAACACAGCUACCACAGAUACAGGUACACAUGAAACAACAGCUAUCAACACAGAUACAGGUACACAUAAAACAACAGCUAUCAACACAGAUACCACAGAUACAGGCACACAUGAAACAACAGCUAUUAACACAGCUACCACAGAUACAGGUACACAUGAAACAACAGCUAUCGACACAGCUACCACAGAUACAGGUACACAUGAAUCAACAGCUAUCAACACAGCUACCACAGAUACAGGUACCACAGAGACAGGUACACAUGAAACAACAGCUAUCAACACAGCUACCACAGAUACAGGUACACAUGAAACAACAGCUAUCGACACAGCUACCACAGAUACAGGUACACAUGAAACAACAGCUAUCGACACAGCUACCACAGAUACAGGUACACAUGAAACAACAGCUACCACAGAUACAGGUACACAUGAAACAACAGCUAUCGACACAGCUACCACAGAUACAGGUACACAUGAAACAACAGCUAUCAACACAGCUACCACAGAUACAGGUACCACAGAGACAGGUACACAUGAAACAACAGCUAUCAACACAGCUACCACAGAUACAGGUACACAUGAAACAACAGCUAUCGACACAGCUACCACAGAUAAAGGUACACAUGAAACAACAGCUACCGACACAGCUACCACAGAUACAGGUACACAUGAAACAACAGCUAUCAACGCAGCUACCACAGAUACUGGUACACAUGAAACAACAGUUAACGACACAGCUACCACAGAUACAGGUACACAUGAAACAACAGCUAUCAACACAGCUACCACAGAUACAGGUACACAUGAAACAACAGUUAUCAACACAGCUACCACAGAUACAGGUACACAUGAAACAACAGCUAUCAACACAGCUACCACAGAUACAGGUACACAUGAAACAACAGCUAUCAACACAGCUACCACAGAGACAGGCACACAUGAAACAACAGCUAUCAACACAGCUACCACAGAUACAGGUACACAUGAAACAACAGUUAUCAACACAGCUACCACAGAUACAGGUACACAUGAAACAACAGCUAUCAACACAGCUACCACAGAUACAGGUACACAUGAAACAACAGAUAUCAACACAGCUACCACAGAUACAGGUACACAUGAAACAACAGCUAUCAACACAGCUACCACAGAGACAGGCACACAUGAAACAACAGCUAUCAACACAGCUACCACAGAUACAGGUACCACAGAGACAGGCACACAUGAAACAACAGCUAUCAACACAGCUACCACAGAUACAGGUACACAUGAAACAACAGUUAUCAACACAGCUACCACAGAUACAGGUACACAUGAAACAACAGCUAUCAACACAGCUACCACAGAUACAGGCACACAUGAAACAACAGUUAUCUACACAGCUACCACAGAUACAGGUACACAUGAAACAACAGCUAUCAACACAGCUACCACAGAUACAGGUACACAUGAAACAACAGCUAUCAACAUAGCUACCACAGAUACAGGUACACAUGAAACAACAGUUAUCAACACAGCUACCACAGAUACAGGUACACAUGAAACAACAGUUAUCAACACAGCUACCACAGAUACAGGUACACAUGAAACAACAGUUAUCAACACAGCUACCACAGAGACAGGCACACAUGAAACAACAGCUAUCAACACAGCUACCACAGAUACAGGUACACAUGAAACAACAGUUAUCAACACAGCUACCACAGAUACAGGUACACAUGAAACAACAGUUAUCAACACAGCUACCACAGAGACAGGCACACAUGAAACAACAGUUAUCAACACAGCUACCACAGAUACAGAUACUACAGAGACAGGCACACAUGAAACAACAGCUAUCGACACAGCUACCACAGAUACAGGUACACAUGAAACAACAGUUAUCAACACAGCUACCACAGAUACAGGUACACAUGAAACAACAGCUAUCAACACAGCUACCACAGAUACAGGUACACAUGAAACAACAGCUAUCAACAUAGCUACCCCAGAUACAGGUACACAUGAAACAACAGUUAUCAACACAGCUACCACAGAUACAGGCACACAUGAAGCAACAGCUAUCAACACAGGUACCACAGAUACAGGCACACAUGAAACAACAGCUAUCAGCACAGCUACCACAGAUACAGGUACACAUGAAACAACAGCUAUCAGCACAGCUACCACAGAUACAGGUACCAAAGACAGUGAGACCACAGGUUCAAGGAUCACAAAGUCCACCAUCCCACCAACUGGUCAGACCUCUCUCCCAGUAACUGAGGGUAGUACCCUGUCUUCAACACCCCUCUCCGCCACUACAAGGGGUCCUGAGACCGCUCUCCCAGUGACCGAUGGCUCCACGUCCUCAUCCCCCACCGCUACCAUUACAGGGAGCCCUCAUACAGACAAAACCACUGGAACAGAGGGGACUACCGAUUCUACAACCACAGCUGGCACUCCAGCUUUGCCCCCCACCUCCGGCUCUUCCUCCAGCCCACCCUCUCCAGGCUCAACCCAAACCCCAGGAAGCAGCACUGCUGCCCCCGUAGACAUCUCCACCAUCAACCCUGCCCCCUCACUCACCAUCUCACCUACAGGAGAAACCCCUGGGCAACCGACUAGCAAAACUAGUGAGAGCCCACUUCCUCCUUUCCACACCUCGACCUCCCCUACCGGUGGAAGCACCACCCAGCCAGUGUCAGCCAUCACUGCUGCCACCUCCCUGCCUCCAUCCAUCUCCAUAGUGUGUCCCUCCUCUCCCUGUCCGUAUGAUAGCAUCUGUCUCAACGGCACCUGCCAGUGUAUGUCUGGGACCUUCCUCUUAAAGGGCCGCUGUGUAAAAGCCCAAGUCUUCUCUGGAGACCUGCAUCUCAACCAGACAUUUCAGGCUGAAAUGAGCAACCGGUCAUCAGAGAUAUUUCAGCAAACAGCAGCCAGGAUCUCAGAGGCACUGAGAAGAGCCUUGGAAAACGAGUCUGGAUACAGUCAAACUGAUGUGGUGCUGCUUCGGCGAGGCAGUGUGAUCGCGACCGUGAACAACGUGUUUAAACUAGGCUCCAGUGCCACCCGGACCUCGACCAAUGCCGCUAUAGAGAAAGCCAUACAAGCCUGUGGGACGACCUGUGGGACCAUACUGCAGAGAGCUACAUUUAACGCCACUGACCUAUGUGAUCAGACCCCCCAACCGUGUGAUGUCCGCUCUACCACGUGCGAGUACAAAGAAGAUGGAGUGACCAGAUGCUCCUGUAAGGCUGGCUACAUCAACAGCUUCUACUCAAACCAAAGCUGCACAGCCUGUCCCAGUGGUCAAAGGUCAGAGGGAGACACAUGUGUGCCAUGCACAUUUGGCUACGCUGGAUUCAACUGCACUGACUCGGCUCUGUUGGCAGUGGUGGUCAUCGCCUGUGUACUGGGGGGAGUCCUCCUCAUCAUGCUGCUGGGCCUGCUUGCAUACUGCUGCUGGUACCGGUCGCAGUCGGUGAAGAAGCCUUCAGCAGAGUUCAGCAGCCCGUACCCUGUGGAGGACUUCCGUGGCCCCUGGUCCACCUCCCAGGGCAUCGCCCCGAUCCCCCGGGCCAGCACCAACUGGGCUUCAGCCCCCAUGGAGAUGACCGAGGGGGGCAGCACACACACCCUGGUCGACAUGAAGCCCCACACCAACGGAGCGGGAUUCCACAUCCUGCCUAAACGGGGGAAGAAGACCGGGUCGUAUGACCUGACCUCAGACAGCAUGAACACGUUCAAGGGGAAGAACCCGUCUCGCUACUCCUACCUGGUGCAGGGCCACGAGAACCCUUACUUCAAACCUGCAGAUGAGAGGAGACCCAUUUGAGAACCCUUACUUCAAACCUGCAGAUGACAGGAGACCCCGUACGAGAACCUCAGUGACGUCUGGAGACAUUGGCCCGUACUCACAAUGUGUCUCCGAGCAGAAAUGCUGAUCUAGGAACAUUUUUUGCCUUCUUAAAACAUGACGAAAAAGGAGAGACCUGAUCCUAGAUCAGCACUUCAGAGAGAGGAGGGAAGGCUACAGGGAAGGGGGGUAAUCGCACAAACAUGGCUAAAGAUCAAAUUGAGAAGUCACUGACUUCUAGUAACUCUGGGUAUUGGUACUUCCUCUCACUGUAUUUCUGUUGAAUUGUGUAGAACUUUUCCUUUGCAUCAGGAUGUUCGGAUAGAUGCUAUGUACUGUCUAUGGCAUCUGGAGUCAUUCAUGGUUUACAGUCGUUCAUGGACUGGAGUCCUUCAUGGUUUAAUGACACAACUACAAGGGACUUGACAGCAGGGUUUUUAAAUAUGUUCUUCUGGAAUCCAUUCUCAAAGUCAGCUGUAUGAUUCAGAACGAUUUGGAGUCCAACAUGCAUUGACUUCACAGGGAUUCACUUCAAUAACUGACCCCACCAAAAGAGGAUUUUGUUCACUACAAAUCCAUGGUUUGCUUUUGAAACGUUCCGUUCAUCUGAUCAUGGUCUUUUAUCCUGUUCUGCAAUACAAGAACAAGAUUUGUAAAAAAAAAAAAAAAAAAAGUUUUUAUUUAAAAUAUUUUUAUUUGUGUCCAUUAGGCUGUGUUUAGACUGGCAGCUCAAAAUCAUAUAUUUUUUCUCUUUUGAAAAAAUAUCUGGUGUAAAAAGAUCUGAUGUGGUUGGUCAAAAGACCAACUAGUUGGGGGGGGGAGGUCAGAAUUGGACUGCCUUAAACGCAGCCUUAUUGAAUGAAGUGUGAGCUGAAUAUAGCUUGUCAUAGCCAGUAGUUGUCCCCAUUGUUAAGGGUCAAGCUUUUCAUGUUUUUUUCCCCUUCUACAGUAUCCUGCUACAUUUAGUUACCUGGAUGUCUGUGUCUUAUUGAAGAGAUUACUGAUAUAUUUUAGAUGGGUCAUUCUGCAUUGUAGUUUCUCACACUCAACGUAGUAUUCCAAAGUGAUUCAUCUAUUGCUAUUUGCACUAAAUUAUGUAUUUGCUUUACACUACAUGUGAUUUGUUUGGGUGGGGGGAAUCAUAGACAAAUGUUUUUCUAUAUUUUUACUUUAGGAUUGAUUGUGUUUUCGUGACGAGAGCUGUGUGUUGUGUGUGAAGCGCUGAAGGAGCUGGAUCCCUAGUUCAGGGGUUUAUACAGUAAAGGGAUAUUUUGUAUUAGUCUGGUCUGGAGCGGAGUAGACCUACUCUACAGUCUAUUAGUCUGGCCUGGAGCUGAGUAGACCUACUCUACAGUCUAUUAGUCUGGCCUGGAGCUGAGUAGACCUACUCUACAGUCUAUUAGUCUGGCCUGGAGCUGAGUAGACCUACUCUACAGUCUAUUAGUCUGGCCUGGAGCUGAGUAGACCUACUCUACAGUCUAUUAGUCUGGCCUGGAGCUGAGUAGACCUACUCUACAGUCUAUUAGUCUGGUCUGGAGCUGAGUAGACCUAGUCUACAGUCUAUUAGUCUGGCCUGGAGCUGAGUAGACCUACUCUACAGUCUAUUAGUCUGGCCUGGAGCUGAGUAGACCUUCAUCCUCUGUUAUUAGUACCUUCCCUGCUGAAGCUGCCUGCAUCUGCAAAUGUGCCUGUUUUGAUUGGUCUUUUUGAAGAAUAGGAAAAUUAUGCAAAAAAAUAACAAAUAAACUCUCGACAAAGCUUGUUCUCAGAUGUGCCAAUUACCAUGUCUAUACACUUCCGCAAAAAAAUAUGUUUAUGGAAGUCUCACAUGUCUGUGUGUAUUUGUGAGUAUGUGUGUCUCGUGCACUAUUUUCUAAAUGUAUAUACAACUUUUGUAAAUGAAACGUCUUACUGCAGAGAAUGAUGUGUGAUGAAAAUACAUACAUUCAAGCACACAACGUGACUUUG